AUGGCGAAGUUGGCCCACUGCAUGCAGAAGACCCACAGAGGAGUCAGCAUAUGCAAUGGACUACACUUGGUUACAGACCAUAUUUCUUCUGACUCUGUUUCGUCUUCUACCAGCAGCUUCUGGAGCUUGAGCUCUACCCUUUGCAACAAGGAAAAUGUACAUAUGUUAAAUAAGGGCAUACAAGCAGGUAUCUUGGAGAUUGUGAAUGGUGUCAGAAAACACACUCGAGAUGUUGGAAUGACUUUCCCAACUCCAAGUUCUAGCGAGGCUACAGUAGAAGAGGACAGUGAUGUGACUUCUUGGUCAGAAGAAAAGAUAGAAGAGAAAAGGCUCCUUACCAGUUAUCCUGGGGAGAGAAAGUUAAGGAAGAAUAAGCAGAGCUGCUGGGAAGGAGUUUCAUGGUUUGUUCCUGUGGAAAAUGUGAAGUCUGGUCCUAAGAAGGAAAACCUGCCCAAGUUUCAUGGCCCUUGUGUCUCCUGGUUUGUACCAGUAACCAACACCACACCUUGGAGGGAGCCACUACAGGAAAAGAACUGGCAAGGACAGCACAUGGACAGCCACAGUUCACUAGCAGGCCCAGGCAGAGAUCCACUGAAGCCAUUUGUGAGAGCAACCCUACAGGAAUCACUGCAACUUCACAGACCUGACUUCAUCUCCCACUCUGGGGAACGGAUAAAGCGCCUGAAGUUAAUAGUCCAGGAGCGGAAGCUGCAGAACAUGUUACAGAGUGAACGGGAGGCACUGUUCAACACUGUGCAAGAAUGGCAGGGCCACCGGGAUGCCAUGCACCUGCUCCCUAAGAGAGACUUCCUGGCUGCCCAAAAGAAAAGGCCUGUUGGAAAGAAGGAAAUGAUUCAGCGGUCUAAAUGGAUUUAUGAACAGCUUCCAGAAGUACAGAACAAGAGAGAAGAGGAAAAGUGGAGAUUGGAAUAUAAGCCAUACUGGCUGCAAGCCCAGCUAUAUAAAAAGGUCAGUCAGUCCUAGAGCAGGAUUGAUGAGAUUUAUCAGGGGAAAGAGAAAUUGAGAAAAACACAUCUGACCUGUUUGAAUUAACCACAU